GAAAAACCGCGGGCGGGGGGCUGGAGAGACAGGUUUGUGUGUUGCGUGCAUUCAGCAGGCGGAGCCUCGAGCGCCGAGACCCGGCUGGGUAAGGCCAGAGGCCGGAGCAAUCUUAAUAUACCCACCUUGCCAUGGCUGAAAUCCCUGCUCUGUUCACCUUAAUCUGCUAAUCGGUACUUACUGUUCAACUUUUGCCAAACUGGUCUGUGCCCUGUAAAUACCAGUUGAAAUGAAAUGCACAAUGAAAACAAUGAAGAACUUGCUGAGUCAGAUUUUAGUGAAAAAGCAUUGACCUAGGAGUCAAGACCCACCUCUUCACUAAUGUGAUAUUGUGCAAGUCAUCUUACUUCUCUGCAUCUCAGUUGCCUGAUCUGUAAAAAAGGAGAUAAAAAUUCUUUACCUAUCUGAAGAUGAUGUGGAGGACCAUCUUACUACGAUAUUGUUUUCUCUUGGUUUCCUGUCUACUUACUGCUCUUGAAGCUGUGCCUAUAGACAUAGACAAGACAAAAGUAAAAAAUACUCAACCUGUGGACAGCGCAAAGAUAGAACCACCAGAUACUGGACUUUACUAUGAUGAAUAUCUUAAGCAAGUGAUUGAUGUGCUGGAAACAGAUAAUCAUUUCAGAGAAAAGCUCCAGAAAGCAGACAUAGAGGAAAUAAAGAGUGGGAGGCUAAGCAAAGAACUGGAUUUAGUAAGUCACCACGUGAGGACAAAACUUGAUGAGCUGAAAAGGCAAGAAGUGGCAAGGUUAAGAAUGCUGAUUAAAGCUAAAUUGGAUUCUCUUCAAGAUACAGGCAUAGACCACCAUGCUCUUCUAAAACAAUUUGAUCACCUAAACCACCUGAACCCUGACAAGUUUGAAUCUACAGAUUUAGAUAUGCUCAUCAAAGCGGCCACAAGUGAUCUGGAACACUAUGAUAAGACUCGACAUGAAGAAUUUAAAAAAUAUGAAAUGAUGAAGGAACAUGAAAGGAGAGAAUAUUUAAAAACACUGAAUGAAGAAAAGAGAAAAGAAGAAGAAUCUAAAUUUGAAGAAAUGAAGAAAAAGCAUGAAAAUCAUCCCAAAAUUAAUCAUCCAGGAAGCAAAGAUCAACUAAAAGAGGUAUGGGAAGAGACUGAUGGAUUGGAUCCUAAUGACUUUGACCCCAAGACAUUUUUCAAAUUACAUGAUGUCAAUAAUGAUGGCUUCCUGGAUGAACAAGAAUUAGAAGCCCUCUUUACUAAAGAGUUGGAGAAAGUAUAUGACCCCAAAAAUGAGGAGGAUGAUAUGGUAGAAAUGGAGGAGGAACGGCUUAGAAUGAGGGAACAUGUAAUGAAUGAGGUUGAUGCUAACAAAGACCGAUUAGUGACUCUGGAUGAGUUUUUGAAAGCUACAGAAAAAAAGGAAUUCUUGGAGCCAGAUAGCUGGGAGACAUUGGAUCAGCAACAGCUCUUCACAGAGGAAGAACUGAAAGAAUAUGAAAAUCUUAUCUCUUUACAAGAAAGUGAACUUAAGAAAAAGGCAGAUGAACUUCAGAGACAAAAGGAAGAGCUACAGCGCCAGCAUGACCAACUUGAGGCUCAGAAGCUGGAAUAUCAUCAGGUUGUACAGCAGAUGGAACAAAAAAAAUUACAACAAGAAAUUCCUCCAUCAGGGCCUGGUGGAGAAUUGAAGUUCCAGCCACACAUUUAAAGUCCGAAGUCUAUCAGAACUUGGAAGAAAACUGUUAAAUCAACAUCUGUGUCAUCUUUUUACCACCCUUCCUUUUUUUUCUGCUCAAUAAAUAUUUUAAAGCAUA